AUGGCUGAAAACAAAUUAUUGAUCGGUAUAGACGUUGGAGGAACAAACACGGAUUCUGUGCUAAUCGAUGCAUGCUCGCUGGGUUCCAAAACUAGUGGCGUUAUCUCUUACCACAAAUCAUCAACCACUGCGGAUGUAUCUGUUGGUAUUUCCAAAGCAAUUGAUCGCUUGUUUGAUGAAGACAAUGGAUGCGAUCCAGCUGAAAUAUUAGCUGUAACAAUUGGAACCACUCACUUUAUAAAUGCUGUAAUUGAGCAGGACAAGGCCCGAUUAGAACCUGUUGCAGUAAUAAGAUUAUGUGGCCCUUAUUCUCAAGGUUCAUAUCCGUUUUCGGAUUUCCCACCAGGUCUUACUAAAAUCAUUAAAAGUUACACUGCCUUUGUCAAUGGAGGUAAUCGAGUCGAUGGAAGUCAAAUUCAGGCCCUUGACCAGGACAUGAUUCUCGAGCAUGCCAGGAAAAUAAAGGCGCUUGGAAUAAAGAAUGUCGCUAUAGUUGGUAUCUUUGCAAUUAUAAAUAAGUCACAUGAGCAAAGAGCAGCAGAACUGGUUAGAACUGUAAUUCCCGAUGGAAAUAUUGUCAUGUCACAUACAGUGUCAGCUAUUGGUUAUUUGGCCAGAGAAAAUGCCUCUAUCCUGAAUGCGUCAAUAAUGUCAUUUGCGACAAAAAUUAUAAGAUCGUUUAUAAAAUCUGUUCGUUCUAGAGGAUUGAAUUGCCCAAUUUUGUUGACCCAAAACGACGGGACAGUCUUGACUGUUAACGAGGCACUCAA